AUGACCCAACCAGGCCAUGAGCUCGGGAACCUCAGGCCUUCCAGUGUGGAUUCAGACAAGACGGCCGCUCGAAGUGGUAACCCCUCCAUGACGGACAACAAGGGUCCGCUCGAGAGUACGAUGCCUUCGUAUCAGAACUCCCUCCGUGACAAGGCUCAGGAAGACGUCGCAGACAAGGCUCAAGAUGAAGUCGCAGACAAGUCCGGAGAGCAGAGCAGCGAGUCGGAUGCAGAAUUCGAGUACCCCAAGUCCUGGAGGCUGGCCGCCAUCACCAUCGCCCUGUGUUUGUCCGUCUUCUGUAUGGCUCUGGACAACACCAUCAUCGCAACCGCCAUCCCCCGAAUCACCGAUCAGUUCAAGGCUCUCAACGAUGUCGGCUGGUACGGCUCCGCUUAUCUGCUGACCACCUGUGCGUUGCAGCUCAUCUUCGGAAAAUUCUACACCUACUACUCCAUCAAGUGGGUCUACCUGGCUGCUCUCGGGACCUUCGAACUCGGCUCGCUCAUUUGUGCUGUUGCGCCAAACAGCACAACUCUCAUCGUCGGACGCGCGAUUGCAGGCGUUGGAUGCGCCGGCAUCUUCAGCGGUGCGGUUCUCAUCAUCGCAAACACCGUUCCUUUGAGACAGCGACCGACAUACAUGGGCUUGAUCGGAGGCAUGUAUGGGAUAGCGUCGGUUGCUGGCCCACUCAUGGGCGGAGCUUUCACUGACCACCUGACAUGGCGAUGGUGCUUCUAUAUCAAUCUUCCUUUUGGCGCAGUCACCGCUGCCUUCAUCAUCCCGUUCCUCAAAGUCGGCCGGCGCGGAUCCAAGGAACAGUUGACUUUCAUGCAGCAACUUCAGAAGUUCGACCUGGAGGGCACUGUUCUCUUCCUACCGGCCGUCAUCUGCCUCCUGCUCGCACUCCAAUGGGGAGGAAGCAGAUAUGAGUGGCAGAGUGGCCGCAUCAUCGCUCUCUUGGUCCUCUUCGGCGUUCUCAUCAUCGGUUUCCUGGUCGUCCAGUGGUGGAAGCAGGAAGCGGCCACUGUCCCGCCGCGAGUCUUCCUCAAUCGCAAUGUCUGGGGAUCUUCUCUCUAUAUCGCCAUGGUCGGCGCCGCGUUCUUCAUCAUGGCCUACUUCCUCCCCAUCUGGUUCCAAGCCAUCAAGGGUGUCUCCGCCACCAAGUCCGGCAUCAUGAAUCUCCCCGCUAUCCUCGCUGUCGUCAUCUUCUCCAUUCUCGCUGGCGGCCUCGUUACGGCGCUCGGCUACUACACCCCUUUCAUGCUCGCUUCCGCCAUCCUGAUUCCCAUCGGUGCAGGUCUCCUCUCUACCUUCGAAGUCGACACCAACUCCCCCAAGUGGAUCGGCUACCAGGUCAUCUUCGGCGCCGGCUGCGGUCUGGGCAUGCAACAAGCGCUCAUUGUCGUGCAGACCGUACUACCUGACGCAGAUGUCCCCAUCGGCACCGCAAUCAUGAUGUUCAUGCAGACGCUAGGCGGCGCGCUCUUCAUCUCGGUUGCCCAAAACGUCUUCACCAACCAACUCAUCAAGAACCUCCGCACCAUCGUCCCCGACCUUGCAUCCGAAUUUGUCCUCACAGUCGGUGCGACGGAGAUCAAGAACAAGAUUGCCGAGCAGUACCGCCCGGGUGUCAUCAAGGCAUACAAUGAGUCGUUGACGGAGACAUUCUACGUGUCGGUAGCGACGGGCGCGCUGUCCCUUGUGGGUGUCUUGUUCGUGCAGUGGAAGAGUAUGAAGGGGAAGAAGGUGGAGAUGGCAAUGGCUGCGUGA